CUGGAAUGAAUCCAUGCAUGUACAUCUGUGAUCAUUUCUAGGAUAAUGCCAUUGAUUUCCGCACCUCGUUAUAUCACAGAGAGGGAUGCACGCCUCCAUACACAGACUGGACCCAGCCACCUCUCCAGAGCAUCAGGUCAGUCUGCGGAGACAGUUCCCAUAUACAAUUGAGACCUCUCCAUCAGCCCUCGUCCCGGGGUAACAGUGUUCCCUAACUAGUGCGCUGGUGACGGUGCCUGGAUGAAGUGAUGCAGGGAUAAAACUGAAUCCCUGUUGGAUGUGGGCGGACUAACACUAAGAACAUCUCCUCCCCCUGUCUUACUAGUGCAGGCAGCAGCUUCUGCUAUUCAUUGAAGAGCAGCGUUUAACAUCUGCAGUAAGGAAUAAGGGGACUUGCUACAGACAUGAUGUACUAGAAUCAUAAUUAAUAUGCUUACAGUCAGUGGUCCUCUCUGCCCAGCACACUGCUCUUUGGAAUGUAUCCUGAAAACCAUCUGCAUGUUGAAGAUUUGAGCAGCACCCCAUCCGGGAUAACUUGUGUGACUUUGGUGUCUUGUAGUGUCACCCUGACCGGAAUAUCUGGAUGACGGGGAAAGAGGUGAAUUCAUGGACAAUGUCAGACUGGAGGGGACACUUUAUGUAGGACUGUAAAUAAAGCCAUCACUUUACAAGUUGCCAUAUAGCUACUAAGUAAAGAAUAGAUUCUGCCUCACCUUAUUUUAAAGGUUUUAAGGUUGGUAUUGGUUGAUCAUGAGGUGGCAACACGUGCUCCUUCUUGUGGUCUAUUUAGAUCCACUUGGUCUCCUGUAUCAUUGCGAAGCAGUAGCAAAAGCUAAAGGUAACAAGAACCAAGGUCCAUCCAAAAAGCCAGCCAAAGGGAAAGAACUUAACAGUACAGCUCUGCCUCUCCCGGUCACCACCAGGAAGGUGAAGAUCCCAGUUGUACUACCAUAUGAGAAGUGUAUGGGUUAUUAUGAUGUUAGCGGGCAAUGGGACAAAGAGUUUGACUGUAACCAUACUACCCAUCCAUACUGCUGUGGGACAUGUUCUUUACGAUACUGCUGUGAACAGCGAAACAAAAGACUGGAUCAAAUAUCAUGCAAGAAGCUGACAUGGGUCAUGACAACCAAACCGAACAACAUCAUGGUGGAAGUUGACGCAUAUGACCCACUUAAUGACAAAACCAACACCACUGUCUUCAUCACCUGUGGGGUGAUCACCUUCAUAUUUGUUGUUGGGAUAUGUGCCAAAGUGGCUUAUGACAAAGCAAGACGCCCACCUCGGGAAAUGAACAUACACAGGGCACUUGCGGACAUUUUGAUACAACAGGGGCCGAUCCCUAUUCCACACUGUGAACGAGAGGCAAUUUCUGCUGUCGAUAACUCUCCCAAGGAGAAUACACCUGUUAGAACUUCGAAAAAUCAGUACACUCCAGUGCGCACCACGAAGACUAACCAUGGAACAGCCUCUCGACGUUUCUCAGAUGUGCCCACGAAUAUGGAGCCACAUGGCCAACUGAAUACAAUAGCAGGACACUAUGGGAAGGAUAUAUAUCGUAGUGGAGGACCCGAUCUGCAUAAUUUCAUAUCCUCUGGGUUUGUGACCUUAGGACGAGGACAUCUAAAGGCGGGAGCCAAAGGAUUUGCUCACUGGAGUCCUGAUGUCAUAAGAAGUUGCAGACGGGAGAAGCGCAAGAUGCAAGAAGGGACAGGUGAACAUCAGCAAAAUUAUAACCACCUUGUGCUCAACAAUGCCUCUCAGACGCCCACAAAUGAAAAACCACGCAUGAACAACAUCCUUACCUCUGCGACUGAGCCGUAUGAUUUGUCUUUCUCCCGAUCAUUUCAGAACCUCUCCCAUCUCCCACCAUCCUACGAGUCAGCCGUGAAGACCAAUCCAAGUAAAUAUUCUUCUCUCAAAAAAUUAACAGCUGAUAAAGAUGCAGACGAUUACUAUAUGAGAAGACGGCAUCUUCCAGAUCUGGCCGCUAGGGGGACACUUCCCCUUAAUGUCAUAAAAAUGACUCAGGAUCAGUUAAAUUACAGAGAGAGGCCAAGAAGACCCGUUCGUGCAAUGUCGCAGGAUAGAGUCUUGUCUCCAGAGAAAAACAUGCCCGAAGAAGGGUACGGUUUGCCCUAUGAUCGAAUUCUGUCAGAUGAGCAGCUUCUAUCUGCUGAACGUCUACAUUCUCAAGAUCCUCUUCUUUCUCCAGACAAGGCCAUGACCCUCAAGAGGUCUGACUUUCAAGAGAAGUCCAUGUCAAGAGCCAUUUCCCAAACGGAUGUCUUUGUUUCUACACCCGUUUUGGAUCGUUAUAGGAUGACAAAGAUGCACUCUCAUCCCAGUGCCUCAAAUAACUUAUAUAAUACGUUGGGUAUGAACCAAACUGCUGCCAAACGCCAAGCCUUUGCUUCACGGAGGCACAACACAGUUGAACAACUGCAUUAUAUUCCUGGACACCACCAACAGUAUCGCACAGCUAGCAAAACAGAAGUGACUGUUUGAUAAAAUAAUGUGAAUUGUAGAUAAUCGUUACAAACUGAAGCAGUCCCAGGACACCACACUACAGUGGCCUUGUGGGCCAAGAAGACCUCUUUCUUUAUGUUCCAUUGGUCAAUAUCAUGUCCAUUACUCAUUCUAGUCUAUGUUAUCACUGGUCACUGGAAACAGAAGACACUGGAUCUGACAGAACAGGUCAUUGGAAAUUAUCUGUCUUAAAGGAAUGUUCUAAGGGCUUAUCUACACUAAUACUCUUGGGUAUAUCAAUUGGUUCAUUGAAAAGAUAACCAUUUUUGGGCAAGGAGAAACAGGCUUCAUGGGAAAGCAUAUUGUAGUUUUGGUGAACGUUGACAAUGGUGUAGAUAUGUUUACUGAAUGCUGGACAGAGUCUUAUGGCUGUAUCUCAGAAAUGGCCAAUCCUUUCAUGUAUGUAGCAUGUAUCAACCCAAUUAUUUUGGCUCCUCAAUGCUGCAUCUUUCAUCGAUACACAUAGUAUAUUAUCAACAUUUCCCUCGGUAGAGAGGUCAUGAAAGCUUACUACUGUGGUGGAGACAUUGUAAUCUGGAAGAAGGGUCAUCUUUAAAGGAGUAUUUAUUAGUGCCUAUAAAUCGUCCGCUCUCUUAAUGUAGGAAUUAGUGGGUGUGUGUCUCUACAAGCACAAUUCUACUAAUAAAGCCCACUGUCAAUCCAUCCUAUUUUUAUCUUAGACCGCUUUGUAAAUACAGUAGAUGUAUUAGGAAAAUGGAAAUAAGACUUCAUUUUAUUACUGGUCAUCUCCUAGACAAUAAUCAAUCAAAUGAUGUCACAGUUCCAUAAGUUACCCUACAUGGAUAUUUUAUAACAAAUACUUUUGACCUUACAUGCCUUCCAUGAUAAGCUUGUUUUUUACAAGAACUGCAAAGCAUUUUAAGGUAUACGGGACAUGUCUACCAUAGUCUGCUGGUGAAGAGAUUUUUUUCUCUCUCUUCAAAAUUAGAAAGACUUUGUGAAAUUUAUAUUCUUGUUUAAUCUGGUGCCAUAUUACUCAAUACUAACCAUUGUUUUGUAAAUUGGAAAUAGAUUUCCAGCCAUCAUGUUAAAAAGAAACUAGACAAUUUUAAACAUAGAGUUUAACAGCGUGUGAUGUGGACAUACGUGCAUUUAUCUUGUUGUAAGGAAGCUAUACUAUAACACAUAGGUUUAAAGGGCAACUGCACUCAUAAAAACAAUGGGAUCACAUACCCUUUAAAAGUGUAUUUAUCCUGUCAUUGACAUAUCCAUCAUAUUAAUUAUCAAAGUGAACUAUAUAACUUUUGGAAAAGAGGCCAUUUUGCAUCACUGUAGAUUUUAAUAAAGGUGUUGAGUGUCUAAACUCACUCUAAACUCAUAUUUGUGCCAUAUAUUUCUAAAAAUAAGUCUAAUUUACAUUUUUUUAUGUUUUUUAAUAUUAAAUAUUCUCUUAGGUAUUACAGUAAUACCACACGCACACACCCCGAGCUUAUUAAAUUUUUACAAAUAUAUUAAAUAUAUACAAUGUCAUCAUUUUUUUCAUCAGUCUUCACAAUUUCACAUAACAUCAACAUUUAAAAGUGAUUUGUGGUGUACAUUGUUUUAUAGGCAUAAAUUAUAAUACAUUUUAUACACAAAACAGUACAUAAACAGAAUUCCCCACUCUGUGUUCUGCAAUCAAGCACACAGCCAGCGGUAACUCAACACCUGCAAGCUUCAAGAGGUAAUAUGUAGUGUAGUAAAAGACAUUUUAUGAAUGUCAUUUUAAUUUUUGCAAAUUAUAGUACCCUAGUGUUAAUUAGUUAAGAAAAAAAAAAGCAUCUAUACUAUAUUUUUUCUUUCUCAAUGAUGCUUUUGCGGAUGGCUAUCAAAAUUUUACAACAUCUUAAUUAGCAAUGAAGAAGUAUUUUACGGAAUUUAACUCAAUGUAAACCAAUGGAUACCUUCUGGAUCUUUUACUUAAACCUUUUCUUGACUGCACCCACCUUUACUUUUAAUUACCCCAUAAAGUGCCACCAAUAAACAAAACUAUUUUGCUGACAUACAAAUUACUCUCUGUAAUAUAGAACCAUCACUUCGGUUCCACCUACGGUAUUAAGAUAAAAUAAUAUUUUCACCUGUAGUAAAUACAUGGAAAAAACCUGUGAAAUAAUCUAAAUAGAAAACAAUCUUUUAUGCUGUCUUAAUUUAGGGUAGUUUUAGAAAAAAAAUGCCUAUAGAUUUGGGCGUUAAAUAUGCGUCGUCUGUUGUUCUGCAUAUAUUACACUGGCAUUUUAAUUUCAUGGUAUACUAAACUUCAGAAAUAAAAUGUACAUUUGAGAAAGCAACAUGUUUUUGUAAGGUGUGUAAUAAAUAAUGUAUGGAAUAAAGGUAAACUGUUUUUAGCUCUGGGUAAUUUCCUAUGCUUAUAACAGCUGAGAGAUUAAUGACGAUGAUAUACUGUUGACAUCGUACAUAGAAAUAAAGGAACUCUAUCCUUUGGA